CGCAACUUUGGCGCACGCGCGCCGCCCGGAGGGGGGAAAAGAUGGCGGCGCCCAGCUUCCCAACGCCGGUGCACGGGCAUGUGGGCCGCGGCGCCUUCAGCGAUGUGUACGAGCCCGCAGAGGACACUUUUCUGCUGCUGGACGCACUCGAAGCGGCGGCGGCCGAGCUCACGGGAGUGGAAAUAUGCCUCGAGGUUGGCUCAGGGUCUGGAGUGGUAUCUGCAUUCCUAGCCUCUGUGAUUGGUCCUCAAGCUUUGUAUAUGUGCACCGAUGUCAACCCUGACGCAGCAGCAUGUACCCUGGAGACUGCACGCUGUAACAGAGUCCACAUUCAACCAAUAAUUACAGAUUUGGUCAAAGGCUUGCUACCAAGAUUGAAGGAAAGUGUUGAUCUUCUUGUGUUUAAUCCUCCUUAUGUUGUGACUCCACCUGAAGAGGUUGGGAGUCGCGGGAUACAGGCGGCUUGGGCUGGUGGCAGAAAUGGUCGUGAAGUCAUAGACAGAUUCUUACCACUGGCUCCAGAUCUCCUUUCACCAAGAGGAUUGUUCUAUUUAGUCACCAUUAAAGAAAACAAUCCAGAAGAAAUUUUGAAAAUAAUGAAGACAAAAGGUCUACAAGGGACAACUGCCCUUUCCAGGCAAGCAGGCCAAGAAAUGCUUUCAGUCCUCAAGUUCACCAAGUCCUGAUCUACAGUGUGUGCUACUUAAAGCUGAAUGCUUUUGGCAUAUUUUGAAACUGAAAGUUUUUUCUUAGUUAACAAGUAAAAUUGUCAGAAAUUUGUUAUCUAGAAAAAGGCAGGCAGGUAGGGCAUUUCCUUUUACCCAGCAGUCACCUACAGGAAUAUUUGCACAAAUGCAAGUAAAUAUAUAUAUAUUGAAUUUCACAUAUUUAUAUGUAUUAUAUGUGGAGAAUAUAUAAUGAAAAAGUUACACUUAAUUAUACAUGAAGAGGAUGCUCAUUUCAGCAUUACUUGUAACGGCAGAACAAUGAAGUUAACUGUCCAUCAGCAAAGGGAUUGGUAAAAUAAAGCACAAUAUAUUCAUGUUACUAAACAUCUCCAGCCAUUAAACAUGAGUCACGUCUGUAUAUACUGAACCAGAAGGGGUUCGUUAUGUACUACUGAUCAGUGAAAAAAAGCAAGUUGUAAAAUAAUGUUAGCCUAUAUGUAUAUUUUUUAAAAACUAACCAAGAAUGUUUGUGUGUAUGUGUAUAUAAGAAAUUCUCAAAAGGUACAUGCUGCUGCUGCUGCUAAGUUGCUUCAGUCAUGUCCGACUUUGUGCAACCCCAUAGACGGCAGCCCACCAGGCUCCCCCAUCCCUGGGAUUCUCCAGGCAAGAACACUGGAGUGGGUUGCCAUUUCCUCCUCCAAUGCAUAACAGGUGGGAAUAGAGGAACCUUCAUUCUUUUGUGUUGGCAUUUGUACAGUGAUAAUCUAUUCUAUAAUGAAGCAGUUUUUUAUAUAAAAAAUUUUCAAGUUUA